GGGCCGGCCCGCGCUCCUCCUGCCGGCCGGGGAUUUUCCAGGCUAGGCGCUGACGCCGCGGACCUCCCUGCGGCCGCCGCGGACCAUGGGCGACAAAGGGACACGAGUAUUCAAGAAGGCCAGCCCCAACGGAAAGCUCACCGUCUAUCUGGGAAAGCGGGACUUUGUGGACCAUAUUGACCUCGUGGACCCUGUGGAUGGUGUGGUCCUGGUGGAUCCUGAGUACCUGAAAGAGAGGAGAGUCUAUGUGACACUCACCUGCGCCUUCCGCUAUGGCCGGGAGGACCUGGACGUCCUGGGCCUGACUUUUCGCAAGGACCUGUUUGUGGCCAACGUGCAGUCCUUCCCGCCGGCCCCUGAGGACAAGAAGCCCCUGACGCGGCUGCAGGAACGGCUCAUCAAGAAGCUGGGCGAGCACGCCUACCCGUUCACCUUUGAGAUUCCUCCAAACCUGCCAUGCUCUGUGACACUGCAGCCCGGGCCCGAGGACACGGGCAAGGCCUGUGGCGUGGACUACGAAGUCAAAGCCUUCUGUGCCGAGAACCUGGAGGAGAAGAUCCACAAGCGGAACUCCGUGCGUCUGGUCAUCCGGAAGGUUCAGUAUGCUCCUGAGAGGCCCGGCCCCCAGCCCACGGCCGAGACCACCAGGCAGUUCCUCAUGUCAGACAAGCCCUUGCACCUGGAGGCCUCCCUGGAUAAGGAGAUCUAUUACCACGGGGAGCCCAUCAGCGUCAACGUCCACGUCACCAACAACACCAACAAGACCGUGAAGAAGAUCAAGAUCUCGGUGCGCCAGUACGCGGACAUCUGCCUCUUCAACACCGCGCAGUACAAGUGCCCUGUGGCCAUGGAGGAGGCUGACGACACCGUGGCGCCCAGCUCAACGUUCUGCAAGGUCUACACGCUCACCCCCUUCCUGGCCAACAACAGAGAGAAGCGGGGCCUCGCCCUGGACGGGAAGCUCAAGCAUGAGGACACGAACCUGGCCUCCAGCACCCUGAUGCGGGAAGGGGCCAGCCGUGAGAUCCUGGGCAUCAUCGUCUCCUACAAAGUGAAAGUCAAGCUGGUGGUGUCACGGGGCGGCCUGCUGGGAGAUCUUGCAUCCAGUGACGUGGCCGUGGAGCUGCCCUUCACCCUGAUGCACCCCAAGCCCAAAGAGGAGCCCCCACAUCGGGAAGUUCCAGAGAACGAGACGCCGGUAGAUACCAACCUCAUAGAACUUGACACAAAUGAUGACGACAUUGUGUUUGAGGACUUUGCGCGCCAGAGACUGAAGGGCAUGAAGGACGACAAGGAGGAAGAGGAUGAUGUCACAGGCUCCCCUCGGCUCAACAACAGAUAGGCUGGGCUGGCCCUCCCGGGGCGGCUCCAGGUCUCAGGCACUAGGAUGCUUCUUCAUCUACUUCCUGUUCUGGUGUCCCCACCCCCAGCCCCGCCCCCUUGUUCUUCCACUUUCUCCUGGGGGGGCCCAGUGGUCUUCCUGGGCCUCAGGACCGGGCCUGCAUCACCAUGCCGACAGGGCCUGCGUCACCACGCCGACCAGACCCGGUGCGCCCUUCACCUCCUUUGCCCACUCAGCUCUUUGCCCACUCCUUGUCCCAGAAAGGCCGCCUCUGGCCUCGGGGUGGCCUGGAGAUGGGGGAGAGAAAGGGGGCGGCAGGGGCAGGCAGGAGGACACAGGGUGGGCUUGCGGGCCCCGGAUGCGAGAGACCAUGAGCACAGUCCCAGGUGGUUAGCGCAGUUCUGGCAGUGAGAAGACGGCCACCUUGAAGGCCACCCUCUCCUGGCUGUAAGGCCAGACCCCCUGAUUGAUUGGCCAUGCCUUUGUGCGGUUUGGAGCACCAAAGACCUCCCUUGCUCUUCCCCCUGCCCCUUUGACUUUGGUGAAGGUUCCUAUGUCCCAGGAGUGAAGAGAAACCGGUCUGACUGCUACCAGCAGCCUGUUUAGACCAAGGCAGGCCGUGUGAGCUAGCAGAGUAGACUGUAGCCUGGCGGGGGCGUGGCGGCGUCGCUAGUCUGUAUUUUAUGUGGUGCACCUGUCUGUAUUUGUGCAUGGAGGGGGAGGGGCUCUUUCGCAGGCACCCACCCCUGGCCAAGGAGGGAGGCUUUUGGAGGUGGGGAUGGGAAGACCAAAGUCUGUCCUGUGCUCCUGCCUCUGUGGAUUUAAGGCGAUCACACAGGAGGCAAGGCUGGAGGUCCAGGGCGGCUGGCCCCCGACCCCGCCAGCCCGCUGCCGCCGAUGCUGACAGCGUGUUUUCCUGCUUCCCCCUGUAGACCUCCCGCCUGGGCUGGGCUGGCCCUGCAGCCCGGGUGCAAGUGCCUGAGGACACCCUGCCCAAGGCAGUGCCCACUGAGAGGCACUUACCCAAAGAGGAGACUGCUGGGGAGCAAGGAACCCCUUCUGUCCUUGGCGAGCGUGAGGGCCCAGCAGUUGCCACCCGCUGGCUGCUGCUCCCCAUGUGGUGAGGUAGAAGAAGGUGUUCAAAGACAUCUUUCUCAUCUGGCAUUCAAUGCUAAUGUGCUGUGUGACCCACGGCGAGUUCCUUCGGCUCUCUGGGCCUCAGUUCCUACCUGGAAAGCCAAGCAGUUGACCAGAUGAUCACAAGAGGGCCCUCCUGGCUGUGGUCUGGGGGCAGCAGUCAGAGCUGCUGGCUGGGCCUCAGAGGUGGCCAGAGCCUCCAGAGCAUGUGACCACCCCCCUGGCCCCUAGGCCUGGGAAGGCCAUCUUGGGCCCAUGCGGACACACACUGAGGGGUGGGGGGCUUCUCUGAUGUCCAGUGAGGCCGCAGCCUACAUCAGCUGCUCUGUCCUGGGGCCCGAGGGGCCUAUGGAGGGGCGGGGCUUGUGUGUGCUGGGCUUGGGUGGCAGCUUGUGAUAGGGCGUCCCCUGCAGAUGUGGACACCCCGAGGCCCACCGCAUGAUUAGGUUGCCUAGCGGGACGAGGACACCCUCGGCAUCUGCUCUCCUCCAUCUCCAUCCCUCCAGGCGUGAGAAGGGAGACCACCGUGCUUCUCCGCAGGGUGGACCCUUACCCUUUAAGGGCCGCUGCCUCCGGAGCUGGGCUUUGCAACCACUGCUGUCCCGAAAUGGCCCAGUUCCCAGGCUCGGCCUCUGUCCCUGCCGAAUCUUGUGCAUACUCAGCCUGGGUCAGAACCACGUCAUCUUGGGACAGUGGCGCCCCUCCAUGGCCAGUCCUGGGGCCCAGCCCCUACCAGAGCUUGCUGGGCAGUUUGCACCUCCUCUGGGCAGCUGUACGAGGGGUCUUCAAAAAGUUCAUGGAAAAUGUGUAUUAUGAAAAAAAAAACUAUGCAUGGAUCUCAAUAUUUUUUUUUUGCACCAAUAAACUUAACCUUUGAAUUCCAUUUUCCCAUCA